AACACGCUCACCCUUCCCGAACCUUGGCAGCACGACUGAGGCUGGAGAGCCCGGAGGGUUAACACCGGGGAGCCCGCUGAGUCUCUGCGGCAGGAUCUUGGGAUAGAGGCACCGCAGCGGAGAGAGAGAGAGAAAGAGAGAGAGAGAGAGAAGGGGGAGCGCUGUGAGAGCCGGUGGCGCUCAGCUGAACCCGGGAAGCACUCGGCAUACUUCCCAACAGAUAUGCCUGGAUGUGAUUGGCCUGCGAUUGCUGCCUGACACCUGAACCAAGGAGCAGGGUUUUAUGUCUCCAGAGGCACUGGGAAGGCAUUUGGAUCAGUGGGCCACUAUAAGGCAAAUUCAAAAGCCACACAUCCAUCAUGGACGAAAACCCAACAGAACAUCCCAUAAGUGUGAUCAAAAAUCCACCGGCCUGGGAAAUGGGAAUAUAUGGAUCAGGAGUCCUGCUUAUCCUGAUGGUCAUUGGAGUGAACCUCUGGAAACUGUGGAAAUCUGGAAAUUAUCCUGCUCCCUCUCCUUUCCCAAAUUACGAUUAUAGAUACUUGGAGCAGAAGUAUGGAACAUCAUAUUCAGAGGUUCGACAAAAGAGAACAGUGGGUUCAAGUUAUAAAAAGCCUACAGAGAAAAGUUUUCCCAGCCGUCAAUCGAGCCUAAAGAUAGAUGAACCAUAUGAAACCAUUAAUGAGCUCGGAACGCUGGAACUGAUGACUAAAGAUUUGGAGUUGACGUCCUAUGGACCCAUGAAAAAAUCUGUAUCUACAGACUCAUUGAAUUCCAUAUCUUCUAUUGGUAAUAACUUUGGCCAUGACUUCACUGUUGGACAAAUUGAGAUGUGCUUGGAGUACAACAUGAACUCAAACACCUUGCAUGUCACUCUGGUACAAGGGAAAGAUUUGCUUGAGAAAGAGGAUGUCAACUUUGAAUCCUGUUUUGUGCGCAUCAGCUUGCUGCCUGACGAGCAAAUUGUUGGAAUUUCACGGAUUCAGAGGAAUGCAUUCUCUGUAUUCUUUGAUGAGAAGUUUUCCAUUCCAUUGGACCCUUCUGCUCUCGAGGAGAACAGCCUGCGCUUUUCAGUAUUUGGGAUUGAUGAAGAUGACCGAAACAUCAGCACAGGAUUGGCAGACCUAAAGCUGUCAGAUCUGGAUCUCAGCAGCCGUGCCUUUAAUGCUUGGCUUUAUCUGCAGGAUGUCAAUAAGGCAACAGACACAGUUGGAGAAAUCCUGCUCUCUCUCAGUUACCUACCUACAGCAGAGCGGCUGACAGUGGUGGUGGUCAAAGCAAAAAACCUAGUCUGGAACAAUGGAAAGGCCACGUCUGAUCCAUUUGUGAAAGUUUAUCUCCUUCAAGAUACGAGGAAAAUAAGUAAGAAAAAGACAGCAGUGAAGAGAGAUGAUCCUAAUCCUGUUUUCAAUGAAGCCAUGAUAUUUUCAGUACCUGCGAUUGUUCUACAGGAAUUAUCGCUGAGAAUAACAGUGGCUGAAUGCAGUGAAGAUGGAAGAACUGAGAACAUAGGGCAUGUAAUCAUUGGGCCUGAGACCAGUGGGAUGGGUGGCACUCAUUGGAAUCAGAUGCUGGCAACAUUACGGAAACCUGUCUCCAUGUGGCACGCUCUCCGAAAGAAAUAAGGCAAAGGAACAGUGACAUGUUCUUGACACUUGUGUAAAUAUUUUGCAUGGUGACUAAAUUCUUACACUUUAUUGCUGGUGCUUUGGGAAAUUCAAGUUUGAAAUAUUAAAUUUCCUUUUACUUUAUUGACUUACUUGCAUCAGCUUUGUACUGGAAAAUGUGUAGCUGGAAGAGCCAAUUACGUAUCAAUGAAGUUGGUAUAACAAAUGAAUGCAUCGAUAACAAGAGCUGAUAUGAAGUGGCUAUUCUAUUGUAUGCUUCAUAUUGAAUAGUUCAUACAUAGAUGAAGAAUGGUCAAAGAUAAUAAAGAAGUAUAUUUGUCUGAUGUUAUUACCCAUUCAGAAAGCGGAGCUAUGUUAGCCCUAGACCUACAAACAGCCCCACAUAUUAAUACUGAACUAAAUCCUUUCCAGAAUAUUUUCCUAUUUCAAAAUAUUUAUGCUGUAAAGUAAAAGAAUUGCAAAUAAUUGACUGAUGUAUUGCAAUGAUCAGACUUUGUGCAUAAGCAGGGAUCCUGGAUGUAUAUAUUGGAAAUGUUUUGUGCAUAUUCUGGCUAUUUAUUAGAGCGUUUUGUCAAAUAAAUAAGAGGAUCAAGCACACUGUUUAUAUUGUGCGUAGAAUGGUAGAUUGUUAGGUUGCACUCGAGGUAUAUGUGGUCUUGAGUUCAUCUGCUGUUAAAAUGUACACAGGUAUCUCUGUAUAAAUAUAUAUAUAUAUUUGAA